AAUUAAGGAGGAUUGUUAUUUCUGAUAUUUUAGGUAUGGAUUAUUUUUUGUAUUCAUAUAAAACGGAGUGAACAGUGCAUGUGUGUUAUCCAGGGUAUGUGUAUAAACGAAAAUGAGGCAUUUAUCGAUAGUUUUACUGGCAAUCGCCUUUAUACAAGCAGUUACUGCUGAAACCAUUCCGGAGGUGGUUCAAGAAUUCUCAACCGUCAUCGAUAACAGAACGUCAGAGGUUGGCCAGCUUAUCGGUAUCGUAGGUAGAAAUGUGGGCCAAAUAUUCGGCCAGAUACAAAAAAACGUCAAAGAAGUCGGCCAAAAUCUGAACGAUUAUCUCGAACAUCUAAAAAAUUAUAUAAGCGCCUCAGCAUCGAGAGCUGGCAAGUUGGGUCAAAACAUCGAUGACUGUGUUUCAACCGCAACCUCCAGCCUGUCAUCUCUGAACUUGGACGUCCUCCAGAAGUGUGCCAUCAGCAACGAGCUCACUGACGUCCAGAAAAUGAUCCCUCGGGUAGCUGAUUUGCAACGUCAACUCCGUACCUUGAUCCCAAGAUGCAUGGUCGGUACUCCAGAAGACGAGACAACCAUCAGAGCAUGUCUGAGCGAUGGACUUCAACAGAUCGACGCUUCUGCUGAAUCUCUGACUGCAGAUGUGAGAACCCUGAUAGAUGGUGCGCUUGACACUGCUGAAAAUUGUGUGGAAGGCGUCAGAUCUGAUCUCCAAAAUUCCAUGUCUUCUGUUAACAGCGCAUUCAAUGAUUGCGUUGGUAUUCUUUGAGUAAUUAGUUAUUAGAUAUUAGAGAAAAUAGUUUGGAGAUGUAUUUAUUUCGUUUUAAUUGUACAGGUUAUAUGUUCAACAUUAAAGCAAUGUUCAACAAU